GACAGUAGAGCUUCGGGCGCCCGGAGGAGACCGGGUGACGCGUGAGGGGCCGAGGGGAUUGUGCCGUGCAAUUGGCAAACCACUUUUCAAAGGGCCCUAACUUUGCAUGCGCCUGUAUAAUGUACGCCUGCUGAUGAGCGUUAUGAGCACUAGUAACUGCACUAUCAAGCCCUCGCUGCACGUUCGAAACUUCGCGAGCUUGGGCUCAUAGGCUCUGCCGCAACUUCAUAGGCUCUGCCACAACUUCAAAAGCAUGGCAUGAUGACUGAAAAUACGCUGAAAAAGCUGUCGAUUAAGAGAAGAGAAGUAGAACGCGAAAUUAAGAAAGUCCUGGCCGCCGUGGAGGAGGUAGAUUGCACAAUAAAUGGCAACAAGGACAACCUCUCAGGGGUGGCCUCGGAGCUCGGCCAGAUUGCUGUGGAGCUCCGGACCCCAGGGCUCAACGCGGGUUUGGAGUCGCAGCUGCUGACGAUUGAGGAGCUGCUGCUGAGGAAGGACGAGCUGCUGCUGAGGAAGGAGCUGCAGCUGCGGACGGAGAGGGAGCAGCUGCUGAGGCAAAAGGAGCAGCUGCAGACGAAGGAGGAGCAGCUGCGGACUCAGGAGGCGCAGCUGAGCGGGGGGCUUGGGCCGACCAUGUCGAGCUCGCAGGUGUACCUGGACCGCGCGUUGUUGAUGGACCCGCCAUCUAAGACCAACAUGAAGCGGGAGCAGCUGGACCCCGUUGCGGGCCCACUCAUCCAGAACUGGCGCCCCACGCAGGACAAGUCCAGCGGACUGCUGCCGGAGCUUGCUCACCCCACGUUCGGUGAGGUGGUUGAGCUGCUUGCCAGCGACGACGAAGUGGACGAGGCCGUCCUCAAUGUUGCCAGUCAGCUGUGCUGCAUCGGUGCGGACAUCUACGAGAACGAGGCGCAGCUAACCAAAAGCGUCCAAGACCUGCUGCAGCGGUUCCUGGCGGAUAAGGCGGUCACGACCAUCAAGUCGGGCUUUGCUGGCACCAACGUGAGCCCAAGCUGGGCGCUGGGUGACUCGCCUAAGAACCCAACCAACUUGUUCCUGAUCGCGGAGGUCAAGCCAGGGAUUGGCGGCACGGGAGACUCGCACUUCCAGGGUGCCAACUACCACAUGCACUUCUGGCGGCAGCGUGCGCAGUCCAGCAUCUUUAAGUACACUCGCUGCCCCGCCUUCCUCCUAGAGGUAGUUGGCCCGCACGUGCGGCUGUCUGCGGUGGCGUGGCUGAACCGCGUGACGAUCUUCCCGCUGACGCCGCUGCUCAACUUGCUACCGGCACACCCCGUCACCGACUGCCUUCUCAUGCCGGUGGCGCGCAUGUUGGCUGCGCUGCGUGCGGGGCUGCGCAAGCUGGCACAGGACCACGCCACGGCGGCAGAGCAUGAGGUGGCGCAGGCAGGGUCAGCCAAAGCGGAGGACGCGAAAGCGGAGGCAGUGGACGCGGAGACGGAGGACGCGGAGACGGAGGACGCGGAGGCAGCAGAGGAGCUGGCGGGUUUGCAGGAGGCCGUGGCUCUGUUCGAGAAGAAGCUCCCGUGGCCCAUUGCCAUGGACGCCCGCUACCAGGCCGCGACGGCGCGUUCGUUGGCCGCGCCCAACCACACGUACCGCGUGGGCCUUGCUGGCGACGACAGGGGGCAUGAAAGUGUCGUAGCUGUCAAGUUGUGCCGGAGAUACAGCCUGGCGACUCAUCAGCAGUGGGCGGACCUGGGCCUGGCACCAAAGAUCCUGCGCUCCAUGCCGCUUCCCGGUGGCUGGCUGCUGGUGGAGAUGGAGUGGCUGUCCGCGCCUCAGUGGCGGCCGCUGUCGCAGCUGCCGGAGGAGGAGCUGGACGAGGCGCAUUGCGCAGUGCAGCAGGCGCUAGAACGCGCGCACGCCGCAACGGGCAUGGUGCACGGGGACGCAAGGCCUCCCAACUGCCUGAUGCGGCGUGACAAGGCGUCGUGGGAGGUGCGGUUCGUAGACUUCGAGUGGGCAGGGCCGGAGGGCAAGGCCACCUAUCCCGCAUGUCUGAACCCGGACAUCCCGUGGCCCGAGGGCGUGGGCUACCGCAAGCAGCUGCAGCGGGAGCACGACAUCAAGCUGCUGGCCGCAACGCUAGCAGCCCGAGGCGCCGCUGCAGCCUCCGCCGCCCGCACCGGCACCACCGCGGGCGGAGGGCGCCGUCCCCGAGCCCGUGGCGCAGUGCGGCCGCUGAACACCGCAUCCAGCAGUGAGCGCUCAGUAGCGUCACCGGGCAUCGCAGCGGUUGUUGCGCGGCACCAGAUCGCCGGCAUGAGCUGGCGGCGGCGUGGCGCUAUCAACUGGACGCAGCCUGCUGCCGCAGGCCGGCGGCUGGUGUGGUGAGCGGUCUGCCGCCAUGAGUGUCGGGAUUCUUUCUGCUGUUUCAUCGGCCGUUUUCGGACUUGAAAGAUGAGACAAGCGGCUGACGAUGCGUGUUUGCAUGUGCGUUGUCAGGUGUGGCAGGGCGUAGGCGUAAGAGUACCGUAGCAGCAGUCGAUGGAAUGAAUGUAAGCAUGUACGUGUGGGCGCAGCGCAUAUGCACAUGGCGGCUGGGUGGCGAGUGGACUGGCGUCGGGAUUCUGUACGGUAGUGCAGAAACCCAACCGCCCCAGCGUAGGGCUGUGGUGACCAUGGCGUGUCUGCAUCUCGGGUCCCGUCAGGCGGGCGGCGGCGGAGGGGCAUAAUGGUAGCUGGGCAUCACGUAGUCCGUAGUGGCAAGAUGACACGGUCGUUCCGGAGGUCUGUGCAUGUGCGCAUUCGGCAGUCCCCUUGGACUUGUCGCGCUCCGUCUCCAUAGACGGAGCGCGACAAGUCCAAGGGGACUGCCGAAUCAAGUGAGCGUCGCGCCCAUCUCACCAAUCUCACUUGAUUGGCGACGGACGGACACACGCGAGGCACGUGCGGCACGUGCAGGAGGGCAUGACGCAACAUGAGCGACAGGAGGGUGUCAGGUGUGGGUGCCGCGUGUGGCUGAUAUUGUCAUCUUCCCGUCUGUUUGGUUGAUUGCUGGCUGUGCUUUGCUUGACGGCGGGACGUGCCUGGGCACAUUACGGCGGGCCGUGCUUGUACGAUUCGACCGAGAUGAGGUAGACGCUUGUGGCUCUCGGACUCGAUACGUGGCUCAGCCCACUUCUCCCAUUCCGAAACAGACCCCAUGGAUGACUCAACGAGGAAUGGGUUCUGGGUGCAAAGUUAUGAUUGCGGUAUUACAAGAGAGGACAACCCGAGCGUGCAGGUACGCAGGGGCCAUCGAAUGCUGCCUGGACGAACUCAUGGCCCAUCAAAGUUGGCGGUCGGUCCGUCGGUUUGGGCGAAAGGGGGAUCCCUCGAAAGUUGGCGGGCUGAUUUUUGCAGCGGGCUCAUCUUCUCAGUGAGGGGGUCCCCAAGUUUCAGUCGUGGGCUCAGUGGGACUCACUCACUCUACCCUCCCGACGGUGCAGGGACGUGACGUCAACUCCGCAACUAAUAUCCGGCACGCGCUGGUGGAGAUACUGCUGGGGCACAAGCGACAAGCGACCUGCAUCGCUGCAGGCUGGCGGCGGCGGCGGCAGCGGCGGCAGCAGCGGCGGCGGCGGCGGCAGCAGCGGGGGCUCAUGCGCGCAUCUUGGUAGCGGAGGGGGCGGGAAAGGCCACGUGGAGGAGGAGAGCGCAGCACCGCCCAAGAAGCGGCGCAAGCGCGCAGACUGACGAGCCGGCUGAUGUCUAUAUAGGUAGCGGUCCGCGGUGGGGCUGGCAGGGCAUGCGUAGCGGCAUGACAAGUACGGUAGUGCGGCCUUGAGUGUGCGAUCGGACAGGGUUUAGGCAGGUUGGCGAGGUCCCGUAGGGUGCAGCUGACGCCCAUACCUCAAGCAGACGGCAAACAAUUUGCAGUGGCAAAGCAGAAGUGCAUGGCUGGUCGAACACCGGAGUUAUUGUACCGACAAGUUGCUGGCUGGCUUGAAGUUUGCUGAUGCGCAUUCCUCACGCUCCGGGCGCCCGGCCAGGUGAUAGCCCACACAGACACACCGCAACGCCACACUCGCGAUGCAGAGCCGCGGCCUUGAAUGCGGCUGUUGACAACUGUGCUGCUUCUGGCUGCGGGUGGCUCUGCUGUGGCAUCGUGAUUGCUAGGCACCCGGUUUGGCUAUGUGCCUGACUGCCUGUGGAAACCGACCCCGGCUAUGUCCGGGCGAUGAGGUUGUUCGGCCGUGUGUUCGGCCUCCGACUGUC